AUGGCUAAAUCUUAUAAAUUACCAAAACCGUCAAAAAUCGCACCCAUUAUCAGAGGUAAGACCUCGGCUAAAACAAAAGGAAGUACACAACCACCAGAGUCGCCACCAGCCUCAGCUAAAAUUACAGCACCUCAAUUGGAACCAGUAGAACCUACUUCUGAUAGUGAAAUACCAUCCACCAAAGUUUCAGUUCGUAGAACAAGUACUACUUCUUCAAAGACAAUUACUGAUGAUUCCAUAAGUGCCACUUCAACCGACCAAAUGAAAUCUUCAACAAACGAAGCUGAAAUACCAAACCCAAAACCAGAGUCAGUUGUUGCACCAAUGACAAAACCAGUUGAAGAUGACAAAUUGGAAGAUCACACUAAAUUAGAAACUGCCGAGUCUUAUAUCAACGUUCAAAAGGAAGCAGCAAUACCAGGAGAAACAAAAUCAGUAGUUUCCUCCAAAACUGCUUCAGUUCUUGAAUACACUCCAUUGUCAGAAAUUUCAGGAGGUGUUAAGAAAGUUGUUGAUGGAUUUCAUACUGGUAAGACUCAUCCAUUGGAAUUUAGAUUGAAACAGUUGAGAAAUUUGUAUUUUGCCAUGAAAGACAACCAAGAAGCUAUCUGUGAAGCAUUGGCUAAAGAUUUCCAUCGUGCUCCAUCAGAAACAAGAAAUUAUGAAUUAGUCACUGGGUUAAAUGAAUUGUUGUAUACGAUGACACAACUUCACAAAUGGAGCAAGCCAUUACCUGUAGAUGCAUUGCCAAUAAACUUGAAGACAAAUCCAGUAUACAUUGAAAGAAUUCCAGUUGGUACAGUUUUGGUAAUUUCUGCUUUCAAUUACCCAUUUUUUGUUUCUGUUUCACCUAUUGCAGGUGCUAUUGCUGCUGGUAAUUCUGUUGUUUUCAAACCAUCUGAGUUGACACCACAUUUCACUAAAUUAUUCACUGAAUUGUUAACCAAAGCAUUAGAUCCAGAGAUAUUUUACGUUGUCAACGGGGCAGUUUCUGAAACCACUGAAUUGUUGAAUCAAAAAUUUGACAAGAUUGUCUACACUGGAAGUGACAUAGUUGGUAAAAUAAUUGCUAAAAAAGCAGCUGAAACUUUAACUCCAGUAAUUUUAGAACUUGGAGGGAAAUCACCUGCUUUUGUUUUGGAUGAUGUUUCUGAUAAAGAUUUACCUGUUAUUGCUAGAAGAAUUGCCUGGGGAAGAUAUGCUAAUGCUGGUCAAACUUGUAUUGGUGUUGAUUAUGUGUUAGUUGCCGAAUCUAAACACGAAAAAUUCAUUCAAGCUUUGAGGAAUGUAAUCGAGAAUGAGUUCUUUCCUAAUAUUGAUCAAAAUAGUAAUUUCACUCAUAUGAUUCAUGAAAGAGCAUUCUUGAAAAUGAAGAAAAUUCUUGACACUACAGCUGGAGAGAUUAUCAUUGGAGGUAAAUUGGAUUCCGAAUCCAACUAUGUUUCACCAACGGUUAUUGACAAUGCUAGUUGGGAUGAUUCCUCUAUGAAAGAAGAAAUAUUUGGUCCAAUUUUACCAAUUAUUACUUACACCGAUCUUAAACAAGCAUGUAAUGAAGUUAUAUCCCAUCAUGAUACUCCAUUAGCUCAAUAUAUUUUCACUAGUGGAUCAACAUCUAGAAAGUACAAUUCCCAAAUCAAUACAAUUUCUACAAUGAUUAGAUCUGGUGGAUUGGUGAUUAAUGACGUAUUGAUGCACAUUUCACUUCAUAAUGCACCAUUUGGAGGAGUUGGUAAAUCAGGAUAUGGUGCAUAUCAUGGUGAAUUCUCAUAUAGAGCAUUCACUCAUGAAAGAACAGUGCUUGAACAACAUUUAUGGAAUGAUUGGAUUAUCAACUCAAGAUAUCCUCCUUAUUCAAAUAAGAAAGAAAGAUUAGUAGCUAGUUCUCAAAGUAAUUAUGGUGGUAGAGUUUGGUUUGGACGUAAAGGUGAUGUUAGAAUUGAAGGUCCAACAACUUUCUUCUCUGCUUGGACUAAUGUUCUUGGGGUUGCAGCUGUUGUACGUGACUUUAUUGGUGCUUCUAUGUAG